AUGGCAGAAGUAGUGAACAUAUCAAAGAGUACUUCAUUUUCGAAGCAAGAAAAAGAAUUUAGUGAUUUCCAAAAAAAUAAAGAAAGUAAUGAAAAAAUAUUAAAUAAAGAAUCAAGUAGAUUUACAUUACAUCCUAUUAUGUAUCCUGAGGUAUGGAAUUUUUAUAAAAAAGCUGAAGCCUCAUUUUGGACUGCUGAAGAGAUAGAUUUAUCAAGUGAUUUGAAAGACUUUGAAAAAUUAAAUGUAAAUGAAAAACAUUUUAUAAAACAUGUGUUAGCAUUUUUUGCAGCUAGUGAUGGUAUAGUAUUAGAAAAUUUGGCUAGUAAAUUUUUAAGAGAGGUACAAAUAAUUGAAGCCAAAAAAUUUUAUUCUUUUCAAAUAGCUGUUGAAAAUAUACAUUCUGAAACAUAUAGUUUAUUAAUUGAUAAUUAUAUUAAGGAUGAGAAAGAGAGGUUAAAUUUAUUUCAUGCUAUUGAAAAUAUACCAGCAAUAAAAAAUAAAGCAUUAUGGGCAGCUAAAUGGAUCAAUGAUACAAAUUCUUUUGCUGAAAGAAUUGUAGCUAAUGCAUGUGUCGAAGGAAUAUUAUUUAGUGGAAGUUUUUGUGCAAUAUUUUGGUUUAAAAAACAAAAUAAAUUACAUGGUUUAACAUUUAGUAAUGAAUUAAUUAGUAGGGAUGAAGGAUUACACACCGAUUUUAAUUGUUUAAUUUAUAGCUUGUUAGAAAAUAAAUUACCAGAAGAGGUUGUUCAAAAUAUAGUUAAAGAAGCAGUUGAAGUAGAAAGAUCAUUUAUUUGUGAAUCUUUACCUUGUGAUUUAAUUGGAAUGAAUUCAAGACUUAUGUCUCAAUAUAUCGAAUUUGUUGCUGAUCGAUUAUUAGAAUGUUUAGGUUGUUCUAAAGUUUUCCAUUCAAAAAAUCCAUUUAGUUGGAUGGACUUAAUAUCGUUACAAGGAAAAACAAAUUUCUUUGAAAAGAGAGUUGCAGAUUAUCAAAAAUCAGGUGUUAUGGCUCAAAGAAAAGAACAAGUAUUUUCUUUAAACACAGAUUUUUAA